AUGCCAUUGACAUCAGCAGAGCGACAAAAAAGAUAUAGAGAACGUUUAAAGCAAAAUAAUCCUAUUAAAUGGAAUGAAGAAAAGAAAAAAGAUGCUGAGAAAAAAAGAAGAAAUUAUAAAAAGAUUUCUGAGUUAUCAGAGACCGAAAAAGUUAUAAGACGUAAAAUUUGGCGGCAACUGAAACAAAAACAGUUGAAUCACAAUGACAAAACAGACAAAAACUCUAGUCGUAAAAUAUAUAAAGAAAGAUAUUACAGAAUUACCAAAGAAAAUAAAAAGCAAAAAAGAAAAAUAGAUAUAUUGAAAAAGCAUGUAGAUUCUCUAAGAAAAAGAGUUUAUAGAUACAAAUUGUUAUUGACAUGUCAGCAAAAUUAUAGAGAUGACUGUAAAGAAAAUGUUGAACCUUCAUUACCAACAACGCCAACUUCUUCAAUAUUAAAAACUGAGUCCUUCAUUCAGCAGUUAAAAGAUGUACCUUCACCAGAAAAAGAUAAAAUAAGAAAAGUUAUACUCGAAAAGAACAUAUUGAGCGAAUGUUUAACAAACUCAUACAAGAAUGCUAAAAGUAACGCUGAAAGAAAUAUUUUAAAAAAUGUAGUCAGCAAUGCUGUGGUUCAAGAACAUAAAAUGAAAACUAGAUUGGGUUACUGUAUUGGUUUAAAAGGAUCUUCAAAAUCUUAUAACAUAGCUACAAAUGAUAUACGAAAAGAUUUUAAGGAGCUGAUCACGCCAGAUGAAUUAUUACCUUCUGUUUCUAAUACCGACGGUAAAAUAGGUGUCUUAAAGAAAACUCAAGACAAACGUCUUAAUAAUUUCUUUUUUCAUUUAUCUGAUGAUAGUGAAGAUAGUUUCUAA